CUGGAGCCUCCCAUCCUUUUCUUCCUCCUCUGCCCAGUUCAGGGCCGCAUGCUUCGCUAGAGCGAGAGUGAUCGCCGGAGCCCAAGGCGGCAGAACAGAGGCUGUGUCGUGUGCAAGGCCAGGCCGACACGUCCGAUUGCUUGUCACCUCGCAACACGAUCCAUGCUGGCUCACCCGACCGCCGUGGUGCGACCAGCAGCAUCGGCCAAGGAGCCGCUCUUCUCCUUCGGCGUCAUCGCGGACGUCCAGUACGCCGACAUCCCCGACGGCCGCUCCUUCCUCGGCGUGCCGCGCUACUACCGCCACAGCAUCGCCGUGCUCCGCCGGGCGGUCCAGAGGUGGAACGGCCAGAAGAGCGUCAAGUUCUGCAUCAACUUCGGCGACAUCGUCGACGGGUUCUGCCCCAAGGACAGGUCCCUUGUCGCCGUGCAGGCCGUCGUGCGUGAGUUCGAUGGGUUCCGCGGCGGCCCGACGUACCACAUGCUCGGCAACCACUGCCUCUACAACCUUCCGCGGAGCGAGCUGGUGUCCGUGCUGCGGAUGCCAUCGUCGUCGCCGGGACGCGCCUACUACCACUUCUCGCCGUGGCCCGGGUACCGGUUCGUGGUGCUGGACGCGUACGACUUCAGCGCCGUCGGGUGGCCACGCGGGCACCCGGUGUCCGCGGCGGCGAGGCGAUUCCUGGCGGAGCGGAACCCGAACACCGACAAGAACAGCCCCAGCGGCCUCGCCGGCACGGACCGGCGGUUCGUGAUGUUCAACGGCGGCGUGGGGGACGCGCAGCUGCGGUGGCUGGACGGCGUCCUCCGCGGCGCGGCUCGGCGGCGGGAGCGCGCGGUGGUGUGCAGCCACCUGCCGGUGCACCCCGGCGCGGCGUCCCCCACGGGGCUGAUGUGGAACUACGAGGAGGUGCUGGCCGUGGUGCACAGGCACGGGUGCGUCGCGGCGUGCCUCGCCGGGCACGACCACAAGGGCGGGUACGCCGUGGACGACCGGGGCGUGCACCACCGCACGCUGGAGGCGGCGCUGGAGUGCCCGCCCGGCACCGACGCGUUCGGGCACGUUGAGGUAUACCCCGACCGGCUGAGGCUCGUCGGCUCCGACAGACUGGGCAGCACGGAGAUGCUGCUCAACUCAGGCUCCCAUGCGAGCUAAGCUUCUGCGUCGAAACGUGACGCAGCUGCAUGUGUACGGACACGGUUGCUCUUGCUUAAUUACCCUGGGAACUUUUCGCUUA